CAUGUCUAUGUGUAUAAUGCAGCAUGUAGUUGUAUAGAUAGACUUCUUCCCUUUGUGUCUUUCUUGAAUUCUUCAAUGCAUAUACUGCUGUCUUAUUUUCUCCUCUGUCAAUGGAAUAAAUGGAUGCCAGCACUGUAAUUAAAUGACUUGAGAAGCAGAAUAGAGAAUUUGCUGAUGUCUAUAAUCUCGAUUACUGGUGGGGCUUUUUUUCUUUUGUAAGAUUCCAGGGGUUUGGUAGAUAUUAGAUUGGUGACAAUUUGAUUUGAGGUCUUAACUUCAGAACUUUAGAACUUCAGAUAUCAGAUACAGAACUGAAUACGGCAACAUUUUCCCGGAGAAACCCUGUAAAUUAAAGAAAAGGUCAAACUUGAAUUUGAUAUGCUCAAUUCCUUGUCCUUAUCGAAAUCUGUAGUAGCAAUAAUACUUGUCUGCAUUGUUUCUUGGACGGCUGAAUGUUUUGGAAUUAUGCUCGAUUGGAACUAGUAAUGGAUGGAAAUCUGUGGAUCAAUGAUUAUGUCCUACAUUUGUUAAAGAAGAGCUCCAAAUCGAUUGUAAUACAAGCGUUCCUGGGUCCAACUAAUUAGAGUCGCUUGUCCUCACAUGCUAUUGGUGGCCUCAGUGAUCUGGAUUUUAAUCUGAGUUUAAGAAAAUAAUUACCUGCUCAUGAUAAUUUUGGGGAAUGGUGAACCUGAAGGAUGGGAAAAACGAAUGACAAUUCUUUGUGAAGGCUCAUAUCUAGAGGCAAAGCAUGAAGAUUAGUCUUUUAGAUCAAAAUUUAGGCUCAUUAGGUACCAAGCCUGUGACAAGAAGUAAAAUUUGUCAGACAAAAUUGUAUUAAAGGAUAUGCACCUUUUGUUUGUUAUAGCAGAUGCAUGUAUAGGGCUUUAGGAAAAUUGUGAUUGCCUACUCAUUUGAAACAAUAAUGGAAAAUGACAGGAGAAAAUAGCAAGUGUUAUGCUUCAUGCAAUGAAAAUAUUGUUAUGCAAAAAAAGGGAUAGACAGAGAGUAUUUAUUUCUCAUUUGGUAAUUGGCUCUGUGGAAGAAUCUUAAUAUUUGUUUACUGAAUUUGAUGGACGAAAGGGCUAAAAUUGAGCAUGUGAAAGUGGAGAACCAUCGGUGUCACAAAAUAGCCAAUUCAGAAGUUUUUCAUCUAAAAUGGUUAGCACAUACUUGUGAUUUUCAGAUACAGUCUGAGCUGGAAAGACUAUUCAUUUUGUAUUGUGAUCAAAUUUAGUGGAAAAUCAUAGCGGAUGAGAGUUUAUCAAUACUUCUGAUGAAAUUUGGCCGUAAACUCUCUUUAGCUUGUUGGAUUGAAUGAGCAUGUUAAUCUAAAUCAUAUAAAAGAACAUGCAGAAGAUUCCAUGAUAUUGAGUAUCAUGCUGUAUGGCAAAGAUUAUAUCAUCUCUAGUUUGGAUGAUAUUCAUGUUGUCUGAAUAACUUGUGGGCACAAUUCACUUCAUGUCGUUUUCGGGAAAGCAAUUUGUCUGGAAGAUUAUUUGUGAUAAUGUAUGACAAAGAUAACAUGUGAAACUCAAGAAGCUGAAUACACAUAAUUAUUCUCAUCACAGAAGUAAAUCAGUCCUGAAAAUUAGUAUAAGAAUUAGAGAAAGUGUAGGCUUACUCCAUUUAUUCUGCCACUUGAUUGUGAUUUCUUUUUAUGUCCACAUUAUCAAGAGAAGUCAGUUACCCCAUCAUUGAACAUCCCUGACAUCGGCUUCUUAAGAUUAUUAACCUAGAUAGUGAUAUCCAUGCCGAAUGAAAGUGGCAUUUUUAGUUCAUGCAUGCCUCGAUAGCCACACAAAGUAUUCUGAUACUGUGGUGUAACAGGAGCUCUCUUAUCUUCAUUGGAACAGGUGGUAACAUUUGACUACUUCCUAAAUUUUCUAUUUCAUCAUUUUUGCCGCAGAUUUAAGCUCCAUGAUUCAUACUUUUGCUGUGCCUACUGGUGAACUAAUUGGCCACCUCAUCCUUAUUUUGCAUUUAUCAGCUAAGUAAUUGGAGAGUUUGAAGCUGACAGGACAUAUGGAUAUUCGCCAGGACCCCAACUCUACCAAUCAAUUGACCCCUCUGAGGAUUAUCAGGGGUUUAGCAUGCUUAGUGGUUUUUAUUUCCUCUGCAUUCAUGUUUCUGGUGUACUUUGUACCAGUAUGUGUUGGGAUCUUACGCCUUUUGAAUGUGCAUUAUAGCAGGAAAACUGUAUCUUACCUUUUUGGUCUUUGGCUUGGUCUAUGGCCAUUCUUCUUUGAAAAAAUAAACAGGACGAAAGUGAUUUUUUCUGGAGAGACUGCUCCAGAAGGGGAGCGUGUUUUGCUUAUUGCAAAUCACAGAACAGAGGUUGAUUGGAUGUAUCCAUGGGACCUAGCACUGCGGAAAGGGUGCCUGGGACACAUCAAAUAUGUACUCAAGAGCAGCUUGAUGAAACUGCCAAUUUUUGGCUGGGGAUUUCGCAUGUUAGAGUUCAUUCCAGUGGAGAGAAAAUGGGAAUUUGACGAACCAAUAAUGCAUCAAAUGCUUUCAUCUUUUACGGACCGUCGGGAUCCAUUGUGGCUAAUUGUCUUCCCUGAAGGCACUGAUUUUACUGAGCAGAAGUGUAAGAAAAGUCAAAAAUUUGCCGCUGAAAAUGGCCUGCCGGUGUUGAGUAACGUGCUGCUUCCAAAGACGAAGGGAUUCCAUGCUUGUUUGGAGACCUUGAGGCUCUCCUUGGAUGCAGUUUAUGAUCUGACUAUUGCCUACAAGCACCGAUGCCCUACUUUCUUGGACAAUGUUUUCGGUGUUGAACCUUCUGAAGUACAUAUUCAUGUCAGGCGCAUUCCUAUUAGGGAGAUACCACCAUCUGAAAAGGAUGUAACAGCAUGGUUGAUGGACACAUUUCAGUUGAAAGAUCAGCUUCUCUCUGAUUUCAUUGCUAACGGUCAUUUCCCUCAUGAAGGAACCGAAGAAGAGCUUUCUACACUGAAAUGCUUCAUUAAUUUUGCCGCAGUAAAUGUUAUCACUGGCACAUUUACAUAUCUUACUUUUUUCUCAUCCAUUUGGUUUAAAGUCUAUGUUGCUCUAGUCUGUACAUAUGUUGCUUUUGCUACUUAUUUCAGUAUUAGACCAUUUACAGCUCUUGAUUUUGCUAAAAGAUUGUCAAGGCACAAGAAAGUUGCCUAGACUAAAUUUUCACUGCAAAAGCAGUACCUUUAGCAGCCAGUAUCAUGGUAACUCUUGAUAGCUUUUCCUUUCACUUAAAUUGCAAACUUGUCACUGACAAUGCAGAGUUUUCUUCGUUUCA